UUUUAGAAACAUAAGUUCCUUUUCAUAUUAGCAAUAAAUAAUUUUCAGAACAUAAUGUUAAAGCUGUAAUAUGUGACUUUUGGGUGACCCGACCAAAUUGAACUGUGUGUGUAUAGAUCUGUCAUUGAAAGCAAGUCCUAAGAAGUGGUAGAUCUGUUCAAUGUGCGCUAUUUCUAUGCUUCCCAUUAAGUUUAUUUUUUUGCAUCUUACUUUAGGUUUUGAAAACCAGCUGAAAAUACAAUAUUUUUGGUUAUGGAAAAGAUUUCACAUGGUAGAGAAUAAUUGAACACUAAACUUGCUUGUUUGGUCACAAACUAAAAUUACACAAUCUAUUAGAUUUUUAGCAACCAAGAAAUGGUGGAGCGAUUUCUGCAUAGUGCAUCUUUUUAAAUUGCUACACCUUUUUAGUGUUACUGUUCCCACACGGCCAUAUCUCCACGUUACAGCAGGUGUUUACGGAAGACUGAGGCGGCACCUGUGCUAACUAGCUACGUAGUAUGCUCAACACUUGUGUAGCGGAAGAAGGCCAGUUAAGAAGAAGCCGGUUAAAACCGUGUACAGAAAGUGUAUUUUCCAUUUGUGAAAUUAUUUUGAUGUGAUCUGAAAGUAAAGGGCUUUAUGCUUCUAACUGUUUUUCAAUUGAGAAUCGAUUCAUGUUUAGAUGGAGUUUUUGGCUGCCAGAGCCAGUCUACCUCUGAAAAUAACCUAUAUCCUUGGAUCUUAAGAAGUAACUGUAGGCUCUCCUACACUCCUUAAGAGUACAUUCUUGUGCUAGGAAAUUAUUAGAUAUCUGUGAUGGAGCAACAUUUGACAACACAGGUCAUACCGCUUUCUUCUAAUAUGCCUAGCUAUCUACACAGUACUGUUGUCGUCAAAUUGCGCAGAGUAGUAUGUUCAUUUCACACACUAAUUGUUAAUUUUACACAUUUAGCCUAACACGGCUCUUUACUUGAAUGCAGCUUCUUCCUUGGCUCCUAAGAAGAGUUGUUGGAGCAGGUUGUGAGAAGACCACCCACGGAACUGAACGCUUGUUGGUACGGUGUAUGUUCACAAACCCGCCAUUCCGGAGUACUGCUUAGGGAAGCAUAGGAGGAGCAGCAAGGCCUCGUCCCUGAGAAUCUACAUUCUCCACCAUCUGAGAGACUGGUGUGACUCAUCUAGAGAGUCCAUCCACUGGGGAGCUCCAUGGUACAGGGCCCCUAAAGGGCUGGGACCAGCACUGAGGGCCAGAGGCAGCCGUGGCGAGAUGGGGUAGGGGCUGAGGACAGAGCCAUGGUUCAUAACGGCUCAGCCCCCCACACGCCGCCAGCACAGGUGGGCACCAAUGGCCGCUCUUCUGAGAGGAAGAGGACACCGAAGGCAUGUGACUGCUGUGGGCCCAACUCUAAGCUCCAUGAUGGGAAGGCCCCACAUGGGAAGAAUCCGGGUGGCAAGUCCCGACAACGCAGGGCCCAGCUGGGGAAGGACAAGGGCCAGGCACUGGGGGAGAUCACUAAGAGAAAGGGUGGUCGCCCAUCUUAUAAGAAGACCCUGAUGACAGAGGAGCAGGUAACAGCCAUCCGAGAGGAGCUAGAGAAAGACUCUGCUGUGGAGCAUGUAACAAACCCUUUGCCUUCACCUGUAACCAACUCUGUUGGUCAAACCUUAUUGAACUCUAUGGGUCAGAAGUUAAUGUACACUAUGGUUAAACUGGUGAAUAAGUCUGUGGUUCAACCGGUAACGACAUCAGUGGUUGAGCAUUUUGCUGAUUCAAUAAUAGAGCAGGAGAGAGCCUGUGAAUGGGCUGUGUGUGAGGGGGAAAAGGCCCCUGGUUCAGUCAAACAGCCGGUUAUAGACCCUAAGAUGGAGGUUAUAAAGCAGCCCCCGCCCCAGGCUGGUGACCCAGCUGUCUUCCUUUCCAACGGUACAUCAGCUGUCCCCAAAGAGGAACCAACAGACUGUAGCGUCCCUAUGGAGGUGGAACCAUCAGCCAUAGCCUGUGUUUCCCCAGGCAUUAUUCUGUGCAGCACCCUACACACAUUUGCUCUGUGGGACCACCAAGAUUACUGCAAGAUAGGAGUGUGGGCUCAAAGACCUGAGCAGGGAAGUGCCACAGACCUAGCACAGCAGUCCCAGCCAUCACCACAACAACCCAAACCAGAAGAGGGCAUCCAUGAAGGAAUCAGAGACCUCAUCCAUGAGUUUCUGGAGCUCUUCUAUGUGACGUACGGGAGUUUCAUCCCCCUCAGUGAGACUGAUGUCUUGGAGCACCUGAAGAACAAGUGUAGCACGGACUUCAUUGACAAGAAGCUAAACAUCCAUUUAGAAGUUUUGAAGUACAAAGCGGGUCUAGCCUCCAUCCCUAUGAACUGCUUUAAAGUGGACUACAACAAGCACACCCUGACCCUGGAGGACCUGUCCACACUGGACGAUCAAAACUGGGUUAACGACCAGGUGAUAAACAUGUAUGGCGAAUUGAUCAUGGAGGCUACAGAGCACAAGGUUCAUUUCUUUAACAGCUUCUUUCACAGGCAGCUGGUGGCCAAAGGCUAUGAAGGGGUUAAGAGAUGGACCAAAAAGGUGGAUCUGUUUUCCAAGAGUCUGCUGCUGAUUCCUAUCCACCUGGAGAUCCACUGGUCCCUGAUCACAGUAGACAUGGCCAACCACCACAUCCACUACUAUGACUCACAGGGCAUUGUCUUCAAAUACACCAUAGAGAACAUCAUGAGAUAUAUCCUGGCCGAGGCGAAGGAGAAGAAACAAGCUACCUAUCAGAAUGGCUGGAAGAUGAUCAUAAACAAGGGUAUUCCUCAACAGAAGAACGACAGUGACUGUGGAGUCUUUGUAUUGGAGUACUGCAAGUGCCUGGCUUUAAAAGAACCGCUGCAGUUCACACAGGACGACAUGCCCAAAGUCCGCAAGAGGAUUUACAAAGAGCUCUGUGACUGUAAACUGAGUGACUGACUGACCACAGCUGAGAAAGUACACCUGCCUCUCCAGUGAACCGUGGGUUAACAACUGUUAUUGCACAAGGGCCAUUUAAAACUUUUUUUUUUUUUUUUUAACUACUGGAGCCAAGGAGAAACUGAAGGAAAUGCCGUAGAGACACGACAUUUGACUGGUGACAGUCUUUUCUCUCAUUCAGAGGAGGGCCAGCGGUGCAUAUUCUGCAAUUUUUUUUUUUUUUUAAAUGCCCCGUUUUUAAAAAAUAAUCUUUAACGGGAGUGAGGGACCUGAGACUUUGAAUUCCUUUGGGAGUUGACGUCCACAAAGUUUCCAUUGUUGACUGACUGACCUGGGUCUGGAGCUAAAGCUGCUGCUAUAAGGUUUCAGAUGCCAGUGACAGACCUAUAUGUGCUGAUACCGUUUCCUAACUUCAGUUCUUGAAAUUGUUUUAUAUCAUGUAAUCUCUGCCUGACUAGUGCGGUAAAGAACAAGAAGACUCAUCAAAGGCUAGCUUUUAAUUGAAUGUACUGUUUUGUUACUACUUCCGCUCUCUUGGGCUAGAUUCAAUCUGUAUCACGGACGAUCCACAUUUUGACAAAUUAAAGGUAAUUUCCAAUUGCGCUGACAUGCAGCAUUUACGUGAAUGCAGUCUCUGCGAACACAGGAACAUUGUCUUGAAAUGUAAAUCGAGCUAUAACGUGGAUCUUUCCCGCUAGGGAUUGAAUUCAGCUCUUAGUUCUUGUGAAACUCCUUCGCAUCAAACAGCAGUUGAGACAGUUGAGCUUAGAUUCAAUGUGGAAGAUCCGAACUAUAGGGAGACUGCCUUUUUUACAUUUCAAUGUUUCCGCAUUCGGUAAAUAUUACACGUGUCGGCUCAAUCAGAAAUUACAUUUACAUUGCGCCAUUACAUUGCUCUUUCAGGAGUUAAGUGGGGGAUAUUUAGUUACAAUUGGCCAUGCUACUCCACUGAAAAUGGCUUCAUAAACACUGCUCUUUCUACUUCUGUCAAAUACUGUACACCUUAUUGUUUUUGAACAGCAUAUCUUGACAUAGUGUACUGAGGAAGAAGUAAUGCCUUUUUUUUGUAUGAGGUGCUGGCGAGCUAUGGUUCUCAUUGGAGGACCACCAAGCAUUUGAGCUGACUCAGUUGGUGUCAGUUACCCAUCUGAGGGAGCUGGUCCACAGACUGGGUGUAGUUGGGGAAACGCUGCUGUCGAACAUGCUGAAUGAAUCCAUCUAUACUGUCAUCCAUUUCAUUCUAGCACACUAGGUAACAUUAGAGAUCAUGUUCACAGCAUUCUCUGUACUAGGGUUAAAUCUGCUUAAUCUUCGUUGAGAGAGAAUUUCUGGUUUUUAUUUGAUAUUGUUCUUGAUUUAAGCUGCUGUGGUAGAACCUAAAAUAUUGUAUUGCAAUUUCUUGAUGUAAUACAGGGUUAUACUUACAAAUAGAUACCCAGAGUGGUUAAAUUGGGAUUCUCUAAUGUGAACUGUCCUCAAUUUCAUGUUAAUGGAAGUUCCCAAUGGAUGCGUCUCAUCCUAAACGGUGGCACAGUAUCCUUUCUAAGUUGACUCCUGAAUACAUUCCUACAAACACCAUGAUGUAGCUUGUAUGACUCAGGCAUUCAUUUUCUCUACAUUGGUUUUAAUUCAUGUUUGAGAGAUUACUCUCAGUUGUUUGCAUCAGGAGGAUGCAACAACCCAGAGGCCCAGCCACACCGAACAGAGGGAUGUCCUAUGACACAAGCUAGAUCUACUCAGGGUUUUCUAAAGCUAACCAGCUUGUGUUAGCUUCACAUUCCAGGUCUGGCUUUUUCUGUAUUAGGACGGUGGAUAUUGCUUGUCCGCCUGCCACUAACUCUAGCAGGCUUCUAACUGCGGGCUAGUCGAAUGCCGAACUCUUCACUGAAACAUCAAUUCAUGGUUCAGUCCGUGCCACAUUUUCAUUUGUGACUAAAUGUAUUCUUGCAAAUUCAGCAAGCUAUAGCCUCAAUCCCAAUGGUGUGAAAAAGGCUUUUAUAAGUGCCGGCUUAAUUGUAUUGUUAAUGCUGUCUUUGGUGUGCUUCUCAAUGCAUAAGCACCUUUUUCCUUCCCACUCCUAUUGCUAAAAUAAUUGUAUCAAUUUUAUUUAUCAUACUAAACUUUUACUGUGUAUAGUUUCAAAUGCAUUCUGUAAAUACAAAAUAAUUUGAAGGGUAUUUUAACAUGUUACUAUUUUUAACAAAAAAAUGGAUUAAUAAAAUAUUGAAUCAGU